CUACACUUGGUGUUAUUGUGGGCCAAAAAAUUGUGUAAAAAUGGCGUUAGUGUAUGUGUGAGAAGUGAUGACCUGCUGACCAAAAUAUGGGAGGAUUUCAUAGAACUCAUAUUUGUGUGUACUAGUCUGAUGAGUGUUUAUCGAGUUUUCUCACAGCUUACCGUUUCCAAGUGAAGUUUGACCAACAAAUUCUAUAAUAGGAUUGGACUAGAAAUAAUAGGGUACUUUGGAAACAAAACUACAGUCUGUAGUACAGUGGGUUGAUUGGGGUGUCGACGAAACCCAUGGGUGAACUACUACUCGAUCUUGAGGAUAUACAAGCAGUAGUAUUUGAUGAAAUUACAGAAGAGCCAGGAGGAAUCUACUAUACAGCUGAUGAGGUGGCUGUGACGAAUGCCUCCUCUCGAUGCCUCCUGGAAAACUCGAACCCAAAUGGAAUCGAGCAAGUUUGCCAGCAUUUUGCCAGCUGGAGAUGGGAGACGUCUUAGAACUGGCACAACUCCCAACCCUUCAUUCAACCAACAACAGCUUCAACAGCCUGCGAGCCUAAAUCUGACCUGGACAGACAGCAGCAGCUCAGGUAGUCACAGUAGACAAAAGAGACUGUCAACCUGUACAGCUCAGUUUGAUUAUGACGCUCAAGGAGAAGAUGAGCUCAGCUUACGCAGAGGACAAGUGGUAGAGAUCCUAUCCAAGGAUGCUAAGAUAUCUGGGGAUGAAGGCUGGUGGACGGGUAAGAUCGGUGACAAGGUGGGCAUCUUUCCGUCAAAUUUUGUUGCCGAAGAAGAAAGUGACCGCGUUUCCAGCCAUCGCCAUAGGAGAGGCAAUCUCUUUGACGAGGAUGACCAGCCGAUUGAAAUCGACUUUAGAGAACUACAGCUGGAAGAAGUUAUCGGUGUUGGUGGAUUUGGCAAAGUCUACCGCGGUAUCUGGCGAAACGAAGUGAUAGCCGUCAAAGCGGCUCGCCAAGAUCCUGAUGAAGACAUCAGUCUCACCCUUGAUAACGUCCGCCAAGAAGCCCUCGUCUUUUGGAGGCUACAUCACGAGAAUAUCGUCGCUUUGAAGGGUGUCUGUCUACAGGAACCUAAUUUAUGUCUGGUGAUGGAGUACGCUCGUGGUGGGCCGUUGAACCGAGUCCUUACUGGCCGCAAAAUUCGUCCCAGCGUUUUGGUCGACUGGGCCAUUCAGAUCGCACGCGGAAUGAAUUACCUGCACAACGGGGCCCCGAUCUCGCUCAUUCACCGCGACUUAAAGUCGUCGAACGUGCUGAUAGCGGAGCCGAUAGAAAAUGAGGACUUGCAGUUCAAAACGCUGAAGAUCACGGACUUUGGACUGGCCCGCGAAGCGUACAAGACGACGCGUAUGUCGGCGGCCGGUACCUAUGCCUGGAUGGCGCCGGAGGUCAUCAAAUCGUCUACCUUUUCUAAAGCAUCUGAUGUUUGGAGUUACGGCAUUGUACUCUGGGAGAUCCUGACGGGCGAAACGCCAUACAAGGGCAUCGACGCGCUGGCCGUCGCCUACGGCGUAGCCGUCAAGAAGCUCACGCUGCCCAUUCCUACCACCUGCCCGGCGCCCUGGAAAAAUCUCAUGCAGAUGUGCUGGGAGCCUGAGGCUCACGAUCGACCAUCGUUUGAAAAGAUCCUAAUGCUCCUGGAUGAAGUUGCUCGAUCACCUUUCGCUCAAACCCCUCACGAGAGCUUCCACACGAUGCAAGAAGAUUGGAAAAUGGAAAUUGAAGCCAUGUUUGAUGACAUCCGAGUCAAAGAAAAAGAACUACGUUGUCGCGAGGAGGAAUUGCGUCAAGCUAUGCUCCAACAAAAGCUUCACGAAGAACAUUUGAAGAAACGAGAACAGGAAUUGGCGGAGCGAGAAAUCGACCUGCUGGAACGUGAGCUGAACAUGAUGAUGAUCCAACAAGAACGCGCCGCUGCUGCAGCUGCCCCUACGCCGAAGAAAAGGAAAGGCAAAUUCAAAAAGAGCCGGCUGAGAUUGUUGAAAAAGGACGGCGGCCAUCACAUCUCCAUGCCGACUGACUUUCGCCACAAUAUAACGAUACAGUUGACGCCCUCGCGUGCCGAGCUUAACCGGCUCCAAGUUCAAAUGCAAAAUGACUUCCGGCAUAACCUGACCGUUCAGCAGACGGAGGGUGGUUUCAUGGAACUGCGUCACCCGUGUUCUGUGCUUGCUGGAGGCGACAACAUGGCCCUUCCAUCGGAUCCCUCCGUCGACAGCUCUUCCACUUCCACCAUCGCUAGACUAAAGGCUAUCGCAUUUCCGGCCGAUGGAGUCAAAGGAAAAACUUGGGGCCCGAGUACGGUGCACCAGAAAGAACGAGCUCAUAUUCGGCCUGUCGUCGAGAGAGCUGAAGGGCACCGCCAGUGGAGUAGAUCAGCACCAAAUUUGGAGAAGACCCAAAAGGGAUUAUUGGCUGCCGCCGCUGCUGCAGCUGCUGCUGCCGCCCAAAGUGGCCAUCCUUCCUCGCUUUCCACAUCAUCCACACUACCCGAUUUAGAUCGGAUGGAUAACGGCUCCGUUCCGCGCCCUCUUCCCCCCGGUUAUGUCUCUGGAAUCAAUGGCUCUUCUGGAAAUAGUAGUUCAGAUUCGAAACGAUCUAAAGGCGGGUUAGAAUAUCACUUAUUUAACGCUGCGGCCAUGUUGGCCGGAGUGGCUUUGGGCGGAGACAUCCGCUAUUCCGGAGUAACAAUACUACACCCCAGUCGACCGGCACAGAAUAGAAGAGCCAGUCAACAACAAGAUGACGAAAUAUCAGAUCCCAGACGGUGGGGUUACGCAAGUGCUGCCGGUACGUUGACAAAUAAUGAAGUAGCAGCACGUUUGUCUUCCGCUAUUGGAGAUUACGAAUUGCCGUUGUCUCAAUACGCUGCGACGGCCGCGGCUGGGACGACAACAGCAACGCCUGGAGGAUAUUCGCACAACACGUACCACGGGCAGGUGCGACACCAACGAGCGCCACUGAUCAUGGACAACCCCAAACCACUCCGGUUCAUUGAUAAUCCACCGGGACCAUUGUAUUCACAAUCCGCCUUGGCUUCUUACCACCAAAGAAGACGAUCCUCCAAUGCCAGUAACGAUAGCGAGGCUUAUUCUUGUGGUGGUUUCGAUUCUGCUCGGAUGGAGAGCAGUGCUUACGGUGCGGAACGAUCGUAUGAGCAGUACGCUUAUGGUUAUCCGAGUAGCAGUGAUCACGGUCGACCGCCACCUCAUCCCGCAUCAGGUCAUUAUUCCACGACUGGCGACUGGAAUCCGACGUCUUAUCGAGGAUACGGAAGUGAACAGAUUCGCGCCCCGGAAAGUUUACACACGUACGAAAAUACAGGGAAUCUCAACACGAGUGGCAAUAGUCGUUUGUCCGGCAGAAUUUAUGGAGCCGGCAACAGCGCCAAUCAUCGUAGAACAUCGUCGAACGUGUCAAACUCUUCGAGCGGCGGCACCAUUGGCUUAGCCAAUAGUUCGAACGUUAACCCGAGUUUCCGGCUUGAAGACGAACUGGAUUCGGUACACGUUCAGACGGCCGCAACGGGUGGACAUCCGGGUCGUGUGGCUUUCGAUUUAGAUCCUCGUUCUACUGCCUCUCCCGCCACAUCGUAUCGAAUUGCUCGUCAAAAUUCGUUGGAAAUGGAACGGCCCGGCACAUUGGGUUUAGAACCACCGCGACUUAGAUCCAGUUUGAGGAAGACCAAUUAUUCUGUAGUUAACGUGAUCGGGGGAAGUGGGAGCGGGAAUACUAGCCGGGUGUGGAAUUCAUCCACCGGUGGCGGAGGGAGCGGCGGAGGAUCAGGUGGAGGCACUCCAACCAACCCUACUCCUCCCGAUUCUAUGCAUAGCGAAGACAGCAGUUACGUAUCGGCCAAAGAGACGAGUUCGUCACAACAUUCUAGCGUUUCAGCUCCACGCGUCCGUUUCUCACCGGUGGCCGCCUCGUUCAGCGGCGACGGGCGCACCCUCAUGGACAUUCCGGUUCAGGGUCAAAGUCAGGACUACACCAUUCCUCUGAAGGCUGCGAGACCAGUGCGUCGCGACUACCUCGCUUCGCGAUCAUCCAAGUCAACCUUGAGCGAACUGGAACGCGAAUUCUUGUGAAGGGACGCACAUUAGCAUCACCACCUUUGUCGGCAAGAAAACAAAAAUCAGGUCAUGAAUCUUUUUUUGAGAUGUAUAGCCAAGCCAACAGGAUUGCUGCUUUUUAUCGUCGUCUUUGAACUUUUUUUAAAAUUAAUUAAGGAUCUGAGUUGACAGUUAACUGAUUCUACUUUGUAUUCCAGAACAAAUAGUUAGACGCUGUAUCUAAAAAAUUGUGUUGGAUUUUAUUCGAGGCAAAAAAAAAACACCUCUGUGAUGUCUACAAUUUAAAAUGAAAAAAUUUAUAACAGUGAAAAUAACAUUCCGCCAUAUCAAACUCCCUCACAUCUUUCCCAACUAAACGCAACCGUUUUUUUAGAUUUUGUUUAUUUGUUUGUUUGUUUUUUUUACCUCUGAAAUCUCCGCUGCCUAGUAUUGUUGAUCACCUUGAUUGUGUGGCUUAGGAGAGAUCGUCGACACGGAAAACAGCCGCUUCUUUUUAUUUUUAAUACUUGCUUUACACACAUAAACCUCUAUACAUAAGCGAUUUUAAAUAUUAUAUACAUAUGUAUAGUAAACACCUAAUCUCCCGUGUCUUCUAUUUUGUCCAAAGUAAAAAGAGAAAAACAAAAAAAUUAUCAAUCACAAUCUGCCUCGUGUGUGUGUGUGUGUCCCCUAUCUUUUUUUCGAUUCAUCAAAGUGUGUGACUCUUCGAUCCCCUGACGAUGGCAGCUCUGGAUGGAUUUGAAGGCUUCCUUUUUGAACCCUAUUCUUUUCUUUCCUUGACCGUGGCAAUCUAUGAUUGGCAUAUACCAGUGGUUUUGACACAACGAUGCAUUCCUCUUCCUAACUCCCUUUUUCACAUUAUUUUUUUUUUCUCCUUUCGUUGUUCUGGAUGUACAUAUUUGUCACGCUGAUGAUCAAAACACGGCUAUACACCCCCUCUCCCCCUGUCCUUGUGAAAGAAAAAAAAUACUUAAUAUCGUAAAAGUCUGUUUGGGGUCUUCUCUUUCUUGAUGAAAACAAAAAGAAAAUCUAUUAUCAUGUCGGUCAAUUGUGCUGGGACGAGAAAUACAGUGCCAAUCGAACGUCU